AUGUGGGGGGCGGUUCUUUGCCUUGUAGCUUUGCUCGUUGUUUGGAUUAGCCGUUGGGUGCAUAAUUGGGCAAACCCCAAGUGUGAUGGGGUUCUGCCACCUGGUUCAAUGGGCUUGCCCUUCAUUGGGGAGACAACUCAGUUCUUCUCUCCCCAUUCUUUGUACGACAUCCCACCAUUCAUCAGCAAAAGAACGCGAAGAUAUGGGGCAGUGUUUCGAACUAGCUUAGUUGGUCAGAAGGUUGUUGUAUCAACUGAUCCAGUAAUCAAUUAUGAAAUCUUUCAACAAGAAAACAAGUCGUUCUUGCUCUGGUAUACACAGAGUUUCUUAGAAAUUUUUGGCCAACAAAGCCUGGUCACACAGCAUGGGAUGGUUCACAAGUACCUCAAGAACUUAAUCCUUCAGCUUGUUAGCCCUGAAAACCUUAAGGGGAAACUACUUCCUGUAAUGGAUAAAGCGACCCGCAAACAUCUUAACUCCUGGGCUAGCCUUGGCAGAAUCGACGUGAAAGAAGGAUCUUCUAAGAUGAUAUUCGAAUAUUUUGCAAAGAAACUCAUUGGGUAUGAUGAAAACAUGGAUCCAAACAGGAAAUUGAGAGACAGUUUCCAAGCCUUCAUGGAUGGUCUUAUCUCGUUUCCUUUAAACAUCCCAGGGACUGCUUAUCAUGCAUGUUUACAGGGUCGUAAAAAGGCCUACAAGGUGAUUAAAGAUAUAUUUGAAAAGAGGAAAGCAUCAAAGGGUCAUCACAAUGAUUUCUUAGAGUAUUUACUCAAUGAAGUGGAGAGAGAAGACACGUUUUUAACAGAGCAAAUUGCCAAAGACUUGGUCUUUGUGCUUCUCUUUGCUUCUCAUGAGACUAUUUCUGCAGCCACCACAUUAGCAGUCAAGUUUAUUGCUGAUCAUCACCAAGUCCUCGAAGAAUUAACAAAAGAGCACGAGGCUAUCAUUAAAAGCCGCGGACAUGAGAAUUCUGAACUUACAUGGCAAGAAUAUAAAUCAAUGACUUUCACACAUAUGGUUAUCAAUGAAACAGUUAGGCUAGCAAAUAUUGUUCCAGGAAUUUUCAGAAAAGUGGUGAAAGAUGUUGAGAUAAAGGGGUACACAAUACCAGCAGGUUGGUUGGUGAUGGUUGUCCCAGCUUCUGUUCAUUUGAGUCCCAACAAAUACGAGAGCCCUCUUCAAUUUAAUCCAUGGCGAUGGGAGGGACAAGAGUUGCAUGCGGGAUCCAAGAGUUUCAUGGCCUUCGGUGGAGGUAUAAGGCUCUGUGUUGGAGCUGACUUUGCCAAGCUUCAGAUGGCCAUUUUCAUCCAUUACAUGGUCACAAGAUACAGGUGGACAGUGAUGAAAGGAGGGGACAUUGUUCGGAGGCCUGGCCUGAUAUUUCCCAAUGGACUUCACAUCAAAAUCUCUGGUAGGCAGGAAUGGCGAUCGAGGAGCUUCGAGUCAAGACUCAAGAAACAAACAACGGAUGCCACAGGGGCCUUUAAUUGAGCUACCUUUACAGUUAUGAAUAGAUGGGACUACCCAUUUUCUUCCUCUUUUUGUCCGAUUCCACUCCUUGGCUGCUUAUCAAGAUGAUCAUGAAAAAAAUGAUGGGUUAUUGCCUAAAGCUUGACACCAUCAAUCAAUUUGCUAGCCAGCAAAAUAAAAACGGUCGCUUGUGUUAGAUUUCUUUGCAUGAAGCCAUGGAAUAAUAAUUCCACUUUGUUAUUUUAA